UCCGGCGGUGAAAGGGAAGCCGCGUUUCCGGUACAUGAGUUGAGAAGAUGGUAGGCACCAGGCGGGUAACGCGGCGAAGUCAACAGACGCCGUCUUCUGCGGGAGGCAACGAUUCCUCGAUGUGUCCCUCAAUGGAAGGCAGCACAUCUGUGAGGGCAACUAGAAGCAAAAGUAAACUGAAUUCCCACCCAAAUAUCAUUUCUGAAUCUCGUUCUGAGAAAAUGAAGGAGCCUAAAACAAAACCAGAUAUUGAAGAGCCUUUGGAGGUGCAAGCAACUCGGAAUAGGAGUGAAGCUACACAUUUAGCAGACUCAGUUGCUGAACUGCAGGCUGAUGGAUAUGUUUCUGAAGCAGAAUCAAACUGUUCCUCUGUCUCUGGUCUUCAAACACCCAUGUUCAUAAGGGUAACAAGAAGGCGGCAAAUUGUAAUUCCUUGUCAGCUAGAAUCUCCAGCUAAGAACAGACAAAGCAGGAGAGUGUUUCCCAGUGAAGACAGCAAAUGCCAGGAUGAUGAUCUCUCUGAAUCAGAAUCAUGCUCUUCUGCUGUUUCAGGAGUGCAAACCUCCAGUACUGCAAGAAUGACUAGAAGCAGACAAGUCAAGGCCAAUAUAUUGCCCGUGUGUGAAGCGCAAGCCGAAGAGGUAUCUGAUGCAGAAUCAUGGUGCUCAGGUGUUUCCACAGAACCUUCUGUUCAACUUAAAAGAAUGACAAGGAGCAUGCGACUGAGACUGCAAGCAGAAACAAUAUCACAGGGUGAAAGGAAAAGUGAAGUUGUGGCAGGAGAUGAAAAGUUACCUCAACAUGUAACUAAAUCCCAGACAAUAGUAAUUUCUGAUUCAGAACCCACAAAAUCUGAUUUUGAUGAACAACAAGCAUCCUGUCUCUCAGCUAAGAGUCAUAAGCAGCUUAGCCCCUGUAAACCAAAGUACGAUUCUGAAUCUGUCAUUGGGGGUGAUCUAAAGCAGAGAUUUUCAAGCAGCUCUAAGAAAACAGAUCGGGAAUCUACAAAAAUAACGCCUGAAAAAGAGAUGCGAGAGGGUAAGGAUUGUGAAAUUGUGGAUCGUCAAGAGGAAAAGGGAGGAAAGAACAAAAACAUAAGGGAAUCAGCUAGAAAAAUAAAUGAUGUUUAUGAAAUUGUGGACAUCACUGAAGAAACAUGUGAUCAAACAUCAGAAAAAUCUAGAAAAGCAACUGAAAAAUUGUCUCUGGUGAAGAGUACAGCCAUAUUGUCAAGGCAGACAACUCCUAGUAAAGGCAAAUGCAAUACAGAAACCCAAAAUCCAGAAGAGAUAAUAGAAGUGGACAAGCUACAUGAAAGAGGCAGCCCACAAAAUAUCACCCCAUCACCGACUAUUGAAAGCAGAGAUGAUGCCUGCAGGGUGUCUGUUGUUAGUAUAGAUAGUGAUGGAAGCCAGGAGGAGCCAGUUGCUGAAUCCUUUUCAUGCGCAACCAAAAGAACAGAGGAUGAGGGGUGUUCCACUAUGUCAGUUUUUAUCAGUGAUGAUAGCAGUGAAUCUGACAGCAGUGAUUUAGAAGAAACAAAUGAAAUGAAAAUGACUGCUAGUUGUGCAGGUAGCAGUAAGCAAAAUGGAUUGGCCUUGGACACCUCAGACAGUGAAGUACUGUUUGUAAUUGACAAAACUCCUGGCUUAGACUCUAGCAAAGCAUACUAUUUAGAAGAGAAGGACAUAGGGAAUGAUGGGGAAGGAACAAAAAGCAAGACCUCCUUGGAGCUGGAAGAAGAUGAAGAGGAAUUUAUUGAUGAGGAUGAAGGUUCAUUGGAUGUGUCUACUACGGCCUUGUCGUUAUCAAGCAGUAUUGAUCCUGGCCUAAAUCUUAAAGACUUGGGAGGGUUAUAUAUUAAUUUUGAUGCAGGAAAACAGCAGCCUGGCUCGCGUGGAAUUGUGCCACUGAAGGAGAAAAAAAAAGAUGAGCUCUUGCAGAAGAGUACUAUAACUCCAGACUUUGAAAAAAGGGAAUGUGUUCCUCCCUUAACAGAAUCAGUCUACCAACUAAAGAAACAACGUAGGGCAGAGCGGGCAAAAACAACAGGUGAUGGCUGGUUUGGUAUGAAAGCCCCAGAAAUAACCGAAGAACUGAAAAACGACCUUCAGGCUCUGAAGAUGAGAGCAGCCAUUGAUCCUAAACGUUUUUAUAAAAAGAAUGAUAGAGAAGGUCUCCCAAAAUACUUCCAGGUUGGGACUGUUGUGGAUUCUCCAGUAGACUUCUAUCAUGCCCGAAUUCCCAAGAAAGAAAGGAAGAAAACUAUUGUGGAAGAACUUCUGGCAGAUGCUGAAUUUAGAAGAUACAACAAAAGAAAGUAUCAAGAAAUCAUAGCAGAAAAGGCAGCCCUUGCGGCUGGCAAGAAAAACAGGAAAAAGAAGAAGUUUCAUAAAUAAGAUGGAACACUGCUUUGUGUAAAUUUGCAAGUUAUGGGUUAAUAUUUAUCACAUAAGAAACAGGACACAGCAAACCUAUUUUGGCAACAAUUUUUGUUAUUACCUUUGUGUUCAUUUUGGAAAUGAAAUGAAGAUCUUUCAGUAUCAGUAAACACACUGUGUUUCAAACUUUAGAGGAAACAAAUGCUAUUGUAUAAAAUCAAGAGUUCUGGAAACCUGUGGGUCAACUGUGCAAAGUGGCCCUUUUAUUUAACCUACAAUCUGUAAAUCUUUGGGCUUUUUUCAUAGAUGUGUAGCAAAAUAGUCUCUUAAAAUAUCUGUAAAAAUUCCUAAGUCAGGUGAGUUAAUUUACACUUAAUUGUGUUAAAGAAAAUAUUGUAAAACCAGAAAUGUAUACCCUGGGGGAAAAUGCCAUCUUGUGAUGUAUUAAAAAAAAUCUGCACAUGUGAACAGCAGUUAUAAUCAAUAACUGGAGGGUUUAUACAAUGUAUUUUUGCAAUGUAAAACUACAUACUUUAUAAAGGUAUUUAAAUGUAUAGUGUCCAUUUUUAAAAUAUCUGUAAACUCUUAAGUGUAUAUGGUACAAUUCCUGUUCAAUAGUAUUACACCCCCUCUUUUAAAAGUUGCAUCUUUUAAAUUCACUGAGUUCUAUCAAAGUUCUGUUCUAGUAAUGGUGAAGCCAACUGAAUUUAAGCAAAAAGAUUUGAUCAUGGUAGUUUUGCUGCUGUUUCAUUACACAGUGUAAGAGAUAACUGUGGUAGCUUAAACCUAGAUAUUAUUCUUAGCUAUGUUGACACACAGAAAACAGCUGUACAUAAAGAGCUCAGGGGAAUACAGUAUGACACUGGGGGUGACAUUUCCCCUUUGAAACACUUAUUGUGCCUUAUCUGCAAUGUUUGAUUACCUUGUACCUCUAUAGAUCCUGAUCAGAAUCCCCUCUGAAAACAUGUAAAUGUACGCAUUAG